UAAUGUUGUUAUUCUAUUCCAGGAAGAGAGGACGGGGAUUGCGUUUAACAUCGAGCAACUGCGUCAAUAACAGUUUUGACGAAUAUCUUUGUUUUUCCUCUACUCUUCAGCAUGGCAAAUGGCCUGUGCUGAGUGACCGAUGCCUCUCUGUUGUCCUCCUUCUCGUCCCAUGCAGCCUGUGCUGAGUGACCGAUGGCUCUCUUCCUGGACGGGACAUCAGUAGGCAGUGCCAUGGACACGUCAAACUUUGCACACGUCAUCUUCCAGAACGUGGGGAAGAGCUACCUGCCCCACGCCGCUCUAGAGUGUCACUACACUCUCACCCAGUUCAUCAAACCACACCAGAAGGACUGGGUUGGCAUAUUCAAGGUUGGAUGGAGCACAGCGAGGGACUAUUACACAUUCUUGUGGUGUCCUGUUCCUGAGGACCACACUGAGGGCACUGCCAUCCACAGAGCCGUGGUGUUUCAAGGAUACUACGUGCCCAACGAUGAUGGGGAGUUCUACCAGUUCUGCUAUGUGACCCACAAGGGGGAGAUCCGAGGGGCCAGCACGCCCUUCCUGUUCCGGGCUCAGAGCCCCUCAGAGGACGAGCUGCUGACCGUGGAGGAUGAGUGCAACUCUGACAUCCUGGUGGUGACCACCAGGACCGGAUACCUGGAGCAAAAGAUGGAGGAGGCCCACAGAGAGAAGGAGGAGCUGGUUCAGACCAUGAGCCUCCUGCAGAAUGAGAAGGUGCAGCUGGAGGAGGAGAAGGGGAGACUGCAUAAAGAGUGUGAGCAGGAGAAAGAGAAGUUUGCCCAACUGAGUCGAGAGACCCAGGAGGUGCAGGUGUCGUGCCAGGCCCUGCAGGAGGAGAGAGAGGAGGUGAAAAGGAGGCUGGAGGAAGCCACAGCCAGGGUCCUGCAGUUGGAGGAUGACCUGAUAAGAGUCACCCAGAAGGGCCUGCAGAAAGAGACAGAGCUGGACAGCCUGAAGGACCGAGUGAAGAAGCUGACUCUGGAGAAGGACGGCCUGGAGUCACACCAGAAGGAUGAGAAGGAUGAGAAGGAGCUCUACAAGAUCCACCUGAAGAAGCGUGAGCUGGAGAACACUAAGCUGAGUGCAGAGCUGCAGAUGCUGAAGGCUGUGGAUGUAAACAAGGAGAACACCAUCGCUCAGUUCAAAGAGGAGGUGGGACGCCUCCGCUCCUUCCUCACUGAGAAGGAGAAACAACACCAGGAGGUCCUGGCCCAGGCCUCCCCCUUGAGUGAGCUGAAGGCCAUGAAGGAACAGCUUCGUCAGAAAGAAGAGCAGCUUCAGGCCAAACAGCAGCAGGCCUCCAUGUUGUCUGCUGAGCUGAGGGACGCGUCCAGCGCCCGCGACCGCACCAUGGCUGACCUGUACCGCAUGAGGCUGGAGGCAGACGCCCUGCAGCAGGGGAAGCAGGAGGCCCUGGCCCAGUGUAGCCGUCUGGAGGGCCUGGUGAAACAGAUGAAGGAUGACGCCCAGCAGGAGGCGCAGGCUAAGUCUGAGGUGUGCAGGGUGGAGGAUGAGGCAGGGGCUGACCCAGCCACCGUGGCUGAGCUGCAGAGAGAGGUGGAGGAUGAGGCAGGGGCUGACCCAGCCACUGUGGCUGAGCUGCAGAGAGAGGUGGAGGAUGAGGCUGACCCAGCCACCGUGGCUGAGCUGCAGAGAGAGGUGGAGGACCUGAAGCUCCGGCUGCACAUGGCUGCAGAACACUACAAAGAGAAGUACAAGGAGUGUCAGAGGCUGCAGAGACAGGUGGUCAAGCUCUCUGAACAACCUGGGGAACUGAGGAAGAACCCAGCAGCUGAGACCAUGGCCGUCCCUCUGUCUGUCAGUCCAGACAUCUCUGUUCCAGGGAGUCCAGGUUCUGCUGACCCCAUGCUGGAGGCCAUCAUCCAGGAGAAACUCAAAGGUUUCAGCAGAGAGGCAUCCGACAGGAGCGACAAGUACAGGAAAUGCAAACAGAUGCUGAGUGAGGAGAAGGAGCGUAGCUGCAUGUUUGCUGAUGAGCUGGCCAAGAUGGAGGUGAAGCUGAGGGAGCAGCUGAAGACCAACGGCAGCCUAAAGCUGCAGCUGGCAGCCGAGGAGGACCGCUACAAGAGUCAGGUGGCUGAGAAGGGGCGUGCGCUGAAAGAACUGAAGGACACUCUGUCUGCUCUGAUGAAGGACAAGGAGAGACUUGAGGAGGAUCUCCAGACGAGUGCUGGUGCUGGUAGGAAGACGGAGGCUGUAGUGUCAGAGGAGAGGAGAAUUCAGUCUGUGUUCCUGCAGUAUCCCCUGCCCUACCCCCAGGAUGCCCCCACUCCACUGCUGGUCCCCCAGAGCCCCACACAGCUGCACUUUGGGAACCCCUACUCCACCUCAGACGCAAGAGACGGAGCGGACGGGGAGUUCUCUGAUGACCUGCUGCCCCGCCUUCCUCCUGUGGGCCCCCCCUCCUGGGAUAGUAACGUGGUCUGCAUCCAGCCAGCACGCAACCUCAGUCGGCCCGACGGCCUAGAGGACCCAGAGGAGCAGCAGAACAACAACAAUGGCAAUGCCAAUGAACAGCCUGCAGCAACUACUGAACCCCACAGCCCAUUCUUAAAUGAUGGACAGACUCCCCUUGGCUUCGAGUCCAGUGUGAACGUCCACAUGCGCUGUCCACUGUGUGAGUUGAUCUUCCCGCCCAACUACGACCAGAGUAAGUUUGCGGAGCAUGUAGAGAGCCACUGGAAGGUGUGCCCCAUGUGCAGCGAGCAGUUCCCCCUCGACUGUGACCAGAAGGUCUUUGAGAACCACGUGCUCACCCACUUUGACUCCGCCAACGUGCUCAACUUUGACUAAAAACCUCAUCCUCGCUACAACCUUCAUUUUCUGUCAGUCGCCACUGAAAUGAAACUGCCUUGCUCUAUCCCCUGCCACAUGUAACAGGUGUGACGAUCUCAUUCUGAUUCAGUUUUAGGACCGGUGACGUUUUGAUGAGCGUCUUUUAUUAACUAGGCAAACGACCUUCUUAUUCGGCAGUGUGAUUGGUGCUCUGAUUUGAUGUAUAAUAGACCAGGGCUGCAUAUAUCUGUGUGAAUCAGUCUUUAAUAAUCACUUCUUUAACAUGAAGUGUCCCAUUUGAUUUGUUAUUCCUCUGAUUGUAUUAGUGAGAUGUUAUGGCUGUGCUCAUCUCUGACCACGUGAUCAGUCCCAGACACUACUAGACUAUGUGAAGUCAGGGACUGACCACGUGAUCAGUCCCAGACACUACUAGACUAUGUGAAGUCAGGGACUGACCACGUGAUCAGUCCCAGACACUACUAGACUAUGUGAAGUCAGGGACUGACCACGUGAUCAGUCCCAGACACUACUAGACUAUGUGAAGUCAGGGACUGACCACGUGAUCAGUCCCAGACACUACGUGAAGUCAGGGACUGACCACGUGAUCAGUCCCAGACACUACUAGACUAUGUGAAGUCAGGGAAAGUGAGCUACAUCAAACAUGCAUUUCAACUGUUCCAACCCAAAUGCUUUCCCCUGAGCUUCAUAGUCAAAUUCAGGUAUUCAUGUUUAGAAAGCAGCCACCUCGGUGCACUAUAUGCAGACAGACAGGACAAAUCAUUUGCUUCUAAACCUGAUUAUUAUAUUAUCUUUAAAUCAUCUAUUGUAGAAUAAUCUUUUAAGAGCCAACGGCGUUAUAAGCUUUUUCAGUAUGUGUAUGUCUGGUUAGAAAGAGCUGUUAUAUUUUAGUGUCAGUUGAUUCUCAUGAUUUAGUUCACUGGUUUGGUUGUCUGAAUAAAGAAGUCAUGUUUCACCUUUCGCUACUGAUUAACAUGCAUGCCAGGAUUCUGUUAUUUCACGAUUAUAGAAAACCUUUGAUUUCUUUGAGUCCCAUGUAAUGAAAUCUUAACUAAUAAAGUCUGUUUGGAACAAUA